AUGAAAUUCUUCAUCGCCACCAUCGUAGUGAUCGCCCUCGCUCAAGAGACCUUUGCCCAAGAAGCUAUCAACUUGGAUGUAAUCAGCCAGAAAUUCGAGGAGCUCAAGACCAAAUUGGUUGACCUGCUCAACAACCAGGAUCUUGGCCAGCACACUCACGCCAUCCUAGAGGAGAGGAAGAACCAGAUUGAGCCCAUGAUAAAUAAGGCCCAGGAGCAGAUUAAAAACAUGAAGGAGCAAAUUGAGCCACUGAGCACAAACCUUCGCGCCCAGGUGCAGCCCAUGCUGCAGAUGUUCCAGGAGCAGAUGGAGGCCACCCUCAAGCUGCUGAGUGACCGGGCAAACGUUCUUACCAACUGA